CGAAACGUUCCAUUCUUUCAUGACAAAAACUGUCAAAACAAAUUUAGGAGGAUAGGAGGAAUCCGGAAUUUUAUCGGGAUACUGUACCGUAAGUAAAAUUGGAAUUCGAAGAAGUCGUAUCCAUUAUCAUGAGUUUGUUGAUGGCCACUAGAAGACUCAAGUCAUUUUUAGUCACAACGACGUCCGAUAAGGUGUAAAAGUGCUGUAAGAUUUUUACGGUACGGCAACGUGCGGUAUCUAUGUACCGGUACGUAAUGAUCCCGAGGCAAGCAUUGCUCAUCAAAUUUUCUGCAUGGCAACUAACGCCUCGUUUUAAAUCAAACUGUGUUCUCAAAAAAGAUCGUUUCUUUCAGACAAAUAAAAAUUGCGAACACUCAACAUGGGUCUCAAGUAAGUGUGAACGUGCAAUAGAUGUGGGAUAUAAUGCUUGAAACACGAAAAAGGAAAGAGAGGCAGAGAGAAUUUAUUUUGCUCUUUCGAUUGACAGUAGAAGCUACGAACACGAAUAUCUCACCUUAGUUUAUGGUUAUCGUUCCAAUAUUUUCGUAUCGUCAUCUCCAUUUAUUCGCAUGUGCGCUGAACCAAACACCGCAUAAAUCAUUCUAUAUCGCAAUAUGAUACGUAACAGCGGUAUGGAUUUGAUCAUCGAUGGCUGGUUCCACGAACGUGGAGUGCUCUGGCCCGGACAAGCCAUGUCCCUCAAAGUAAAAAAAGUGCUUGAUCAUUACCGUACCGACUUUCAGGAUCUGUUGGUCUUCGAGUCGGAGAACCACGGAAAUGUUUUGGUAUUGGACGGUGUGAUCCAAGUGACGGAACGCGACGAACAUGCCUACCAGGAAAUGAUUGCACAUAUUCCUCUCUUUGCACAUCCGAAUCCCAAGAAAGUCCUGGUGAUUGGUGGUGGAGAUGGCGGGGUGUUGCGAGAAGUUGCUAGGCAUCCCGGUGUGGAAGAAAUUGUCGAAUGCGAAAUCGAUGAGGGAGUCAUUAUUGCGUCGAAAAAGCAUCUGCCGAGCUUGGCAGUGGGUUAUGACGACCCUCGUGUCACCGUAAAAAUCAUGGACGGAGCAAAAUUCAUGGAUGAGAAUCAGGAUGCCUUUGACGUGAUCAUUACCGAUUCCUCUGAUCCUGUAGGGCCUGCAUCUGUACUGUUUGAAACACCCUUCUACAAUGCCAUGUACAAGAGUCUUCGAGAAGGCGGCAUUGUCUGCACGCAGGGAGAAUGCAUGUGGCUUCAUUUAGAUCUCAUCAAACCCCUGGUGGAUUCAAUCAGCCAAACCUUUUCUUCUGUCGAAUACGCUUACACAACAAUCCCCACAUAUCCAUCCGGACAGAUUGGCUUCAUUUUGGCUACCAAGGGAAGGAAAACCUGCAAAGUCCCAGAACGAGAAGCUGACAUGACUCCAGAAUUACAGAAAAAAUUGAAGUACUACACUCCUGCGCUCCACAGAGCAUCCUUCGUCUUGCCUGCUUUUACCCAACGUGCAAUAUUUGGAGAAGACACCGUAUAAAGCAUCAAGAAACGAACCGUACACUACGGAAGCCUAGCUUUGUAAUCUCGACUUUUUAUGAUAUUCCUCUAGACUGAUCAUUUCUUCAAUCGAAGGUGUCUGCUGUGACUCAACGACACGAGAAUUUUCCUGCUUCAUUAUAUGUUCAGGAGCGACAUUGUUUUGCCAAAGCUGCGGUACUGGUACUUUCACUUUUUUCAGCAUCACUAGUUAUACUUUCUUCUUCGGCCUUGUUCUGCUACUCCUGUUUUGCUAGUACUACUAUUACUUUGUGUUCUUGAUAAAAUGUUCGUCGUUGUGCUAAUGAUGGUUUUGUACAAUAUCGCAGUUACUAAUAAUAUUGUAUGUAAUUU